UAUGGCAACGCUGUCACUGAGUGUGAGUUCUUUUUUGUGCUGGUUUACAACAUAAAAGUGCUGCUUGCUCGUCUUGUAGCAAAUAAAUAAAUUAAAAUAAUUUACAAACGAGCUGCCAGAAGAGGCAUCGGUUCGGAAAAACAGUUAAAACGAGGGAUUACUACCCAAAUUCCUGGUUAAUUUAAAACCAAAACCCCAACAGUGGUCCAAAGUGCGUCAGUGUGUUGGUGCGUUUCGCGUGUGUGUGUUUGUGCGUGUGUCGUCGUAGCAGCAGCACCAGCAGAAGAAGAAGAGUCAAAAGCAGAAAAGGAGCAGCGGAAGCACAAGAAGGUUGUCCAGGCAUUUGCCGGAACGGGAAAGGAACCGAAACUUUGGAACUCGCCCGAAAAGAGAGAUAGGGAGUGCGACGCAGAGGAGAGAAAUGCAACAACAACCGGAGUCGGGUGGAGAGGAGAGCUGGCUGGAGGAGCAGUGUCACCGAGAAAUACAUGGUCAGCACGACGAGUUCGAACGUGAAUAUGUGCGUCAGAGGGACAACAACUUGGGCACAGUGUGGGGAGCAUUCCAGGAUUCGGCAACUGCCGUCGCUCAGCUUUAUAGAGAGCGCUCAUCAAACACAUUUUCCUCAGACACAGGCGCCCUUUGGCUGCCCUUCCAGACCGCAGCUGGCACUGUGACAACACUUUACAAAGAAUCAUGUGAUGGUCUCAAACGCACCAGCGACGCUGCCAUUCAGUGCGGCUACCAAAGACGCACUCGCGAAUUGGCCGAUUGGGCGCGAAGCAAAAAACGCCGGAUGAUACGGCGCGAGGAUCUGUUGGCCUAUUUGGCCGGAAAGCCCCUACCGCCAUCGAAUUCCAAUCCACAUGCCAAUCGUCGCUCACCGAAGCCGGAGCAUCACCACCAGAGCGGCAGCGGAGGCUCUGGCCUGGGAUUCCACAGUUCCGGACUCGGUUUGGCAGGUGGUCCGCCGACUGCCACCGGUGGUGGGCAUCUGCUGUCCGCCGGAACAGCCGGUGGCCGUCAGGAGGGAACGGGCAGCGCUCCCGGUGGCGGAAUCGGCGACGAUUUGCACACCUUUAAGGAGGCCUUGGUUCUGCGUCCACGAGGUCCGGAACUUUUUGCAUUUGUUGCCAACGAAAUAGCGCGCCAUUGCAAGCGCCCCGGCAGUCCUAUUGACGACAAGAUGGACAUUUGCCACUAUAGCAGCAAACGUCAGCGCUUCAUGUAAUCCUGUACCGAUCGCAUCCCAGCCUAAAGCUAAGCUCCCGGUCAUCAAAACACCAAUCCACUCCGACUUUUGGAUUCAAGAAAGAUAACAAAAAAAAAACGCGAAAAAUUUAAUGAACGGCCGAUUGGAUGUCAAAGGCUUACGAAAACAUAUAAUGUUAAUAUAUGUUUAGGUUUUCGGUUCGAUAUUUGCCUACCAUAUACCUUUUUUUUUUUACAUAAAAGAAACCCUUUCUCCUCACUCCUUGCACCUACAUACAGCAAAUGUACGUAAAACACACAAAAAUCACACAUACAUAAGACUAAGUUAUGUUAUAGUUAAUAGCACCUAAGUGAACAACAAGUCAUGCUGAUAGAAAUGACAGCUGAAGAUGUUUAUGUUGAUGAAUACAAUGCCAAUAC